ACUUCAGUUAAUAGUCGUUUCAAUUUCCUUUCUCCCUCCUUCCUACCGACUACCGACUGCACUUUCUCUUUCUAGAAAUUCUCUCUCUACACAUCCCCACGAGAAAAACGAAGAAGUAAUUCCAGAUUUCAUCCACACAUAUCUUAGUUAUUUCGAAUUUGAUAGCUGAAUUGGAGGAUUCUCGGGGGGUGAAACGCUGUGUUCGUUUGUUUCGUGUUCCGGUGAAAUUUGAAUUUCGUUUAGUUCAAAGAUUAUGGACAUGAUGUCAAUGGAGGAAUCAUGCGCCUUACAUAUGGGAGUUUCAAGCCGCUAUGAAGUUCAAGUUGCCACCGAUCGAAUACGUGUUGAAGUUUUGAGGAUACAGCAAAAUAAACCGUUUACGCCUCGUUGUUGUAAGUUUAAGCGUUACUGAAAGUUUCUAGGGUUUCGUUUUGGGGGAAAACUUUUUUUGUUGAAUAAGAGAAGUUUUUUCUUGUGUUUUGGUGCAAUUUAUUGCUGUUACUGCGUGGAACUUUGGUGGAAUUGAAUUAUUGGUUGAUUGAGCUCUGUGGAUUAUCUUACGAAAAAAAAAAGUAAUAUAUCCUGGUGUGGGAAAUUCUGUUGUUGAAAUUUGUUGAAAGCCUAUGACUGUGUUACCGGAAUAUAGCUUUUAUGGAUUCAACUCCAGCGUACAUGAAUGAUUGGCUUGCUGCUUUCAUGGUGUUAGUAUCUUAAUUUUAAGACUGCUUGUAGGUGAAAAUAAAAUAAAAAAUAUCAUAUAAUUUAGUUUGCUUAGGAGGUGUUGAAGAAGUUUGAGAGAUCGAGUUGUAUCAAUUAGUAAUGGCGGGAAGGAGAGAAGUUGGAUUCGCAAAGGCAAACGGUGUUAAUUUGAAGGAGCAAUUGGCUAUGGCAACACUUCGCAACGUGAGGCUUCAAGGGCAUACUUAUGUUGAUCUGAGGAGAGAUGGGAAAAGGUCAAUUUUCUUUUGUACUCUGUGUUUGGCACCAUGCUAUAGCGAUUCUAUCUUGUAUAGUCAUCUAAAAGGUAAUCUACAUUGUGAAAGGCUUACUGCUGCUAAGGCUACUUUGUUGAAAUCGAAUCCGUGGCCUUUUGAUGAUGGCGUUCUCUUCUUUGGUGUCACUUCAGAACAAGAUACAGUAGUAUCUGUACCAAAGCAUGAUAGUAUUCAACUGCUAGACAACAUUUGUGAGAAUGAUGAUAGAGCCGUGGUCCCUUAUCAUGAAUCUGUGGAUUCCAGUGGCAAUGGCCACGCAUCUAAUGGUGAAGUUGGCUUUCGCAAGAAUCCUGGUUGUGUUCUUGCUGAAAACAUUUCUCGCACUACUUGUAUGCAAAAUUUGGUUGAUGAUAUUGUAAGUCCGUUGGUUAUUCCAGAUGUACUGUGCAAAAAUGGACUGUCUCAGUUGGAAGUGACCUGUUUUGGUGUUGCACAAAUUGCUGCUCGAUUCUGUAAGAAGGAUGGAAGUUUAAGUAACAUUCGUAAAAUAUGGUGCGAGUGGCUAGGAAGAGGUAGCUAUGAAAGUGAGGAUACCCUAACAGUUCUGGAACAUGAUUUUGCUAUAGUUACAUUUUCUUAUAACUAUAACGUUGGCAGAAAAGGGUUGUUUGAUGACAUAAAGUUUUUGCUUCCAUCAAGUCCUCAUUCAGAACUUGAGGAGAAUACUGCAACUAUGAAUAGAAAGAGGAAGUCAUCUUCUGAUCCGGAAGAUUUUAGUGAGUCUUUGACUGGUCAGUAUGACUCGUCUGGCGAAGAAUCUGAGUCUUCAAAUUCUAACAAAAGAAUGCUCUUGGAAGGGUGUGAUGAUCAACUUCUGUAUCGUAGAGUUUUAUCUAGUAAAAGCAUGAGGAGAGAGUUGAGGCAACAACAGCAAGCAGCUUCGGAGAGAAUGUGUGAUAUUUGUCAGCAGAAGAUGCUCCCCAGCAAAGAUGUGGCUGCUCUUUUGAAUAGAAAGACUGGAAAGCUUGCAUGCAGCAGUAGAAAUUCUACUGGAGCAUUUCAUGUAUUUCAUGUUUCCUGCCUCAUUCAUUGGAUACUGCUGUGUGAGAUGGAAAGUUACGAAAAGCAGUUGAAUGCACCCAAACCGAAGCGAAGAUCUAGGCGAAAGGUUGGAAGUAAACUAAGUGAAGCAGGGAAGACCGUCGUGACAAAGCAAGUAUUUUCCUCAUUUUGCCCAGAGUGCCAGGGCACUGGUGUGACCAUUGACGGUGAUCAACUGGAGAAACCGACUGUGCCUCUUUCUGAGAUAUUCAAGUACAAAAUUAAAGUAAGUGAUGGUUGCCGAGCAUGGAUGAAAAGUCCGGAGUUGUUGCCUAAUUGUUCAACUGGAUUUUGCUUUCCUGACCAGUCCGAAGACACGCUUGAGGUUUGGUAUUUUUGGAGUUAGUUGCCUUUUGUGAAGCUGUUGAAGGACAGCAUUUUUUCAUUUUGAUUUAUGCUUGUCUUGGUCAAUAUGCACUAUAGAGAAAAACUGUUACAAUUGAUAAGUUUUAUCUUUGUUACCAGGAAACGGUUUUACGACUCAGACAACUUCGCUUCUAUCGUGCCAAUGACGAGUGCUGAACUUGUGGUUUGGAGGAGAUAGACGAUGAGCCCACCUCGCAGAUUUUAGUGAAUUUAAUUUUAGUAAAAACUUAUUAGAGAUCUUUGUAUUUGUUGUAUAUGUGUUGAUUGCUAGAAAUACACUGAUCUUGCGACUCAAAUGGCACAGUUAUGUCAGUAUAGCACCUAUUCUAAACGUAUCGGAAAAGAAGUUAACCUUGUAUAGUCCUGAAUGGAAGUAUAGAAACAUAUUUGAGGUGACCAUGUCUUGAAGUGUCCCGUAGUGUUGCAAUUCAUUUGCUUAUCCUUCCCAUUUGUUGUUGAUAGUUUUAGGGUCAUUUCAUUGAAUUCUACGGUUACAUAAAUUUGUUAGUGUGUGUCCAUUUGUGUUUUCAUGUACUUUUCCGCCCAUGUUUAAAGUGAAAAUAGGACUACUCUUCAAAGGAAUGGGAAAAUUGUCUCUUCUACUCAUUUUCAAUUCUUUAUGUUUGGGGCUCAACAAUCACCAACACUCUGCACAAUAAAAUGGUCAUCCGCCGGUUAGGUAUUCAUUAUCCCAAGAGACUAGUUAGUUUACUGAGCGCAAAAUUUCGAAGCUGAUAAUAAUGUAGCAAGAGUUCGCUACUUAGCGACUUAUACAAAUAAGCAAAUGGUAUCCUAGAACAUCAGGAUUCAUUUUCUAACUUCAUCAGUGCAGUCCAACAUUUCUUCCUCGUCAGAAACCUUCUUCAUCUGAAGCAGCACUGAUGGAUCUCUCUUUUCCAGAUACCUAGAAAAAAAGUCGCAAAAAUCUGCAGGAAAUUUACCUCCUCCUUUUAAAAACCCUAAAAUCUCUUCAAAUUCGUCAUUGUCUCCUUUUUUCUUUAGAUAAUCAAGACAAGAAGCCACAAGGGUCAUACCAGGUCUGGACCGUGGAUUGGUACAUAAUCCCUUUUUUGUCAUCUUCACUGCAUCUUCCAUCUGGUUAAUUUUCCAAUAGCCUAACGCCAUAUAAUGCCAAGUGCUCGCAUUAGGUUCCUCUCCUCUCUCCAAGAUAUUGUUUACAAUUGACUCUGCUUCUUCCAUCAGGCCUUUCUUGCAAACUGCUGCCAAAACGAUGUUUGGAAUCUGUAUAUCAAAAAGUACAUUUUCGGAAAACCAUUCGUCCAGCAACUUUUCUGCACCAGCAGUAUCAUCCAAUUUCAACAGGGAACUAAUCAUACAAAUAUAACUCCUAUUAAGCCACUUUUUAGGUUUCUUGUGCAACUUCCAUAUGUGAUAUACCUCAUCUUUAUUACCCAUACUAGCAUAUUGAGUCAUAAUAACCUCAUAAGCAUGACCUACUUCGCGAGGUCUUAGACCUCUUCGUUCUCCAUCCUUGAUUUUAUGUUCACAUUUUUUUAGCAUAUUUGCUGCCUUGGCGAUCUCCCCAGCCUUUAGAUACACAUUUGCUGAGAUAGAGUAAGGGAUCCAGUCCAUAACCACAAGACUAUCGGCUUCCAUCUUCAUCAACAGUUUCUCCAUCCCCGUGACAUCACGUGUAGAUGCAUAUGCAUUCAACAGAAUAUUAUAUGUGAAGUUGUCAAAAUGCAUGCCCUUUUUCUCCAUUUCUUGCACUAGAGAAAUCAGUUUUAUCCGUUUCCCCAUCUGAGCGUAAAGAUCCAGCAUGUGGUUGUAGGACAAGUUUUCAGCAUAGCCCAACUCUCUCAUCUUCUGCAUGAUGGCCUCUGCUUUAUCCAAUAAUUUUUCCUGCACAUAACAAUUCAAAAGAGCACCAUAGAGAUGGGCAGCUUUCAAAUCAUUGGGCGUGAUCUCGAAAUACCUCUCUGCUUGCUCCAGACCAUGGACUUUGUAAAUCAGAUCCAGGUGUAUUGCUGCACUUCCAGAUGUGAAUUUUGAAUUAUUACCAAACCAUUCAGAAACCUACAGGAAAAAAUACAACACUAAGGUAACUGACACCCUGAGCAAUAAUAGUACCGCUUUCUGAAGCAUCUCAACAAAAGCGAAACAGAAAGCAACAAUGGCCAUCAGAAAGUUAUUCACCACCCAAGUUGAAAUUGCAAUAACAUUCUAAUAAUUAAAGAAACGAAUCGAUAUCACAGAGCAGAAACACCUAAAUAAUUAACCAGUUCAAAAAUGAACAAAAGAAUAGGCUCAAUAGCAACAAAACUGAUGAUCAAGGGAAGUCAUAUCUCAAUAUAAAACCAGGAGCCCAGUUCAAAGAAGGAAAAAAGAUAUAAUUUUUACUUGAGAAUUCAAACAAAAAUAGCGAAUAAAAAAAAAUGAAAAUCAUACCUCUAGGGCGUCAUCGUAACG